AUGGCUUCCCCGUCUUAUUCCCCAGGGGCCCCCCGGCGCUACAGGGGCCCCCGCCACCGCUCAAGAAGUCCCUCUUAUGACGAGAGGGGCCCCCACAGGGGCCCCCCCAGGGGCCCCGAGAGGGGCCCCCACAGGGGCCCCUCCCGGGGACCCUCGGGGGGCCCUUCGGGGGGGCCCCCCAGGGGCCCAUCGGGGGGCCCCUCGGGGGGCCCCUGUGUCGUCUUGGUGGCGAACCUUCCGAGGGAUGUGACCUUUAGAGAAGCGGAGACUCUUUUGGACGAAUUUGGGCGUCUGGCGGCGUUGCCCAGCUUGGACCGUCUGCGGGGCUCAACGGAGGCGACGGCUGAGUUUUGUGACAGCCGAGACGCAAAGGCAGCAGUUAAGGCCCUCGACGGUACCCUUUUUAGUGGCCGCCGCAUUCGUUUGAUGCUGCUGGGGGGCCCCCCGGGGGGCCCCCCGGGGAGCCCCAGGGGGCCCCCGGGGCCCCAUCGGCGGCGCCGAAAGACCCACAGAGAUGACUGGGGCAGGGGGGGCCCCCAGGGCAGCCGCAGCAGCAGCCCCAGUGAGCGAUGGGCAGCAGCAGAGAGCCGCGGGGGCCGCUGGGGGGCCCCCGGGGGCCCCCGGGACCCCUACAGUAGUCCCCGGCGGGGGCCCCCCUCUCGGUAUCCUAGGGGGGCCGCAGCAGCAGCAGACGCAGCCGCAGCAGCAGCAGCAGCAGCAGACGCAGGGGGCCCGGGCUACCGCAGCAGCAGCAUAAGUCCGGGGGCUGCGGGGCGGCGGCGCAGCAGCAGGAGCCUCAGUAGAGACAAAAGAAGCAGCAGCAGCAGCAGCAGCAGCAGACGGAGGGGCCCCCACAGCUACAGAGAAGCAGCAGCAGCCCGGCGCCUGAGCGCGUCCCCGGGGCCCCGGCGCAGCAGCAGGGGCCCGCUGCAGAGCAGCAGCAGCAGGAGGAGCAGCAGCAGACGCAGAAGCAGCAGCAGAAAAAGAAGCAGCAGAAGCCACUCCCCCAGACGGGGCCCCACACUGCAUGCGCGCGGGAUCGGAUCCCAGGAUCGGAUCCCCGGGAGCCCCGGGGUGAAGGGCCGCAGCCGCCGCAGCAGCAGCAGCAGCAGCAGCAGAAGAGAACGACAGGGACGGCCCGCAGCAGCAAGCCGCAGCAACAGCAGCAGCAGCAGACGGCCAGCGGGCUCGCGGACUCCCCGGGGCAGGCAGGCGCGUUCUAGGGACAUUGAGGAGCCCCGUGCUGCUGCUGCUGCUGCUGCUGCUGCAGCAGACCGGAGAAGCGGCUCUCGCUCAGAAGAGCGCAGGCCACGGCCACAGCAAACGGAGAAGAAGGAGCUGCAGCGCAGCAAAGGCAGCAGCAGCAGAGGCAGCAGCAGAAGCAGCAGCAGGGACUGGGGCAGCAGCAGGAAGCGCAGAGGUGUCUGCUGCGAAGUUGAGGGCAGCAGAAGCCCCAGCAGACAAAGGCGCAGCAGCAAGAGCUCUGCUGCUGCUGCUGCUGCUGCUGCUGCUGAGGAGCGCCCCAGAGGAAGCCGGCGCAGCAGCAGCAGCCCUGCUGCUGCUGCUGCUGCUGCUCCUGAGCCGACGACAAAUGGGCCGGUGGGAGCAGCAGGAGACGCAGCAGCAGCUGCGGAGGAAGCCAAAAGAGGAGCAAGAGAGGAGGGGAGCAGCAGCAACGCAGCAGCAGAAACAAAAGUGCUGCAGCAAAAGCCCGCGGGGGCCCCCAAGGCUGAGGGGCCCCAGGAGGCCCCCAGGCCCUCAAAUGCGCAGCAGCAGCUGCUGCAGCAGCGGCUGCAGCAGCGGUCGGGGGCGGGCCAGGGAGCAGCAGACGCGUCUUCUGCUGCUGCACUUGCGGAAGCUUAUUUGCUGGCAGCAGGAGAGGAGGAAGCUGCUGCUGCUGCUGCUGGAGGCGAGCAGCAGGAGCAGCAGCAGGAGCAGCAGCAAGAGCAGCAGCAGGAGCAGCAGCAAUCUGCUGAAGACUCUCCCAAGGCAGCAUCAGGGGAGCCGCAGCAGGAGCUUCAGGCCUCCUCGGAAGCAGCAGCAACAGCAGCAGCAGAAGCAGACGCAGCAGCAGCAGCAGCAGAAGCUGCUGCCAAAGAGAGACACGAGAGACGCCUGGGCCUCCCCAAGACAACGAGGCCCCAAGAGGGCAGAACGGGAGGAGCGAGCAGCAGCAGCAGCAGCAGCAGCAGCAGCAGCAGGGGAGGAGGGGGGCAAUGA